GUUCCCCCAGUCCAGCGCAGGCUCAGUGGCACGGCGGGGACAUCUUCCUCUGAUCACCACACGAUGGCCUCCGCUCCUGUGUUGAGUUUUCGCCUCCUCACUCCAGGAUGUGUGACUGCCUGCUGCAGAAUUUCCUCAUCACAAUUCACUACUGCUCACAAGCUCAAACCAUUUGGGGUUCAGUUUAUAAGAUGUAUCUUUUUGGAGCGUACCUCCUGCAGUGUUGUCCAUCCAGCUAUUGUUGGACCAUCUUACCCUGUACCCAAGCACAUAAAGAAGCCAGACUAUGUGACGACAGGCAUUAUACCAGACUGGGGAGACUGCAUCGAAAUUAAAGAUGAAGAUCAGAUUCAGGGUCUUCGACAAGCCUGUCAGCUGGCUCGCCAGAUCCUCCUCUUGGCUGGAAGUAGUUUAAAGGUCGGUAUGACAACUGAAGAGUUGGAUUACGUUGUUCAUCAUGAAGCAAUCAGAAAUAAUGCAUACCCAUCGCCAUUGGGUUAUGGAGGUUUUCCAAAAUCUGUUUGCACCUCUGUGAACAAUGUAGUAUGCCAUGGCAUACCUGACAGUCGACCUCUUCAGAAUGGAGACAUUAUCAACAUUGAUGUCACGGUGUAUUUUAAUGGGUAUCAUGGUGACACCUCUGAAACAUUCUUGGUUGGAAAUGUGGAUGAGUCUGGGCAAAAGCUCGUUGAGAUUGCCAGAAGAUGCAGAAAUGAAGCAAUUGCUGUUUGUAGGCCAGGAGCGCCACUGAAUGUAAUUGGAAACACAAUCAGUAAGAUAGCAGAUUCCAAUGGACUGCAAGUUUGUCCUUAUUUCAUCGGCCAUGGGAUAGGCUCUUAUUUUCAUGGGCAUCCUGAAGUUUGGCAUCAUGUUAAUACCAAUGACCUGAUGAUGGAAGAGGGAAUGACAUUUACAAUAGAGCCAAUUCUCAUGGAAGGAUCCACAGAAUUCAGAAUUUUGCAGGACGGCUGGACUGCACUGUCUGCUGAUGGCCUUAGAUCAGCACAGUUCGAACAUACUAUAGCAAUUACAUCAAAGGGAGCAGAAAUUUUAACCAAAUUGCCGGGGGAAGAUGCAGAGUAAACAGGAAGACCAGAGACCCCUUGCAGAUGCAGCAAUGAAAUGCCUUCUACCCAGAGUGUUUCAAGACCGCGCUGCUAACGUCGCUGGUGGACAGUCUUCUCUGCAGGACGGACAUUUGUCGCAUUUGAAAUUUGAUGCUUCUCCUCGUGAUAGUUUUGUUUUUCUUGAAAAACCAUAUUUGCUGCAUCGUUUUAAUAAAUGUUUUGAAAAUAAUGAUCCAAUAAAUGUGUUCUGUGCAUUGGUGCCAGAAUUGCAGCUGGUCGGACAAAUCUGUACUGUCCCCUUCCAGCGGUGUAGCGUGUGUUCAAAUGUGUGGAGAUUGAUGUGCUGUAUUUUGUGUGCUGGUGGAAAUGAAUGGACCAUAUGAAACGAUUUAAACAACCAAAUUACAGCGUUACCUAGUCGCCUAUUAGAGUUUGAAAGCUAUUUUUCAAGCAAACUGUAACUUCUGCUUACACUUAACUGAAGAACUGGUCUCGUGUUGACUAAGUAGUGAAAGCAGGCUUCCUUAUAUUUACGCUAAACCAGAAAAGAAAGUGUAAAGCAAGGACAACCGUACUGGUGUUUACAAAUUACAAAUUUACAAUUUGGUCGAUAAGGAUAAUACCGAGAUGGAUUUCACUCUUUCGACAAUAACUGGGGUCGAAAUUGUGUAACGUGAAAAGAUGGACUAAUUUAUCUACUUGCUAUCUUCCAUGUGUAUCAUAUGAAUGGGUGAAUGAAUAUCUUGAGUUAAUGUCCACAGGGACUAACUAGUUGAAAACUUUGCAUCGUGAGGUAUGAUGGUUAUCAUAUCGAAAUGAGUAACACAGAGUUGAUAUAAAGACUUAGGUUUUCAAAGAAUAUAUAUAAAUAUUGUAUUGAAAUGUGACUUUCAGCGCACAAUUAUUUUCUCUAUCGUUUUGAAUGACAGAGAAUCUGCAAUGAAGGUGGUCAUGACGGAAUUUGUUUGUCCUAUUCAGUGAUUGGCAGUAUUUAUUCGAGAAUGGGAUGGCAAAUUCAUUUCACAUACACUAUAUGGGGUUUUCAAGAGUGCGUGUUAAGUGUGAUUUGCUGCAAUGUAAAGAGUUCUGAAUAUAGGGAAGACAGAUAAAGAAAUAAUUGGUGGAUAAAUAAGAAAGCCAGUAUGUUUGUAUUUGAAUCGCCAUCACUUUCACUUUGUAAUGAAAUUCAGUAUGGUCCUCCAGUUACCUAGUGCCUGACUUUUGUAUGGUGGACGUUGUCACUGUAUCGUUACGUUUAAUACUAUAGCUAAAUCCUUCAAACGCUGAAAGAACAUUUUCUGUACUUCGAAAGCCAAUCGGGAUGUGAUCCAGAAUUGAGUUUUUAAUCUGCAUUUUUCAAUUUUAUUUUGUAAAAAUGCACCAAAAUUGAAUAAUUAAUUUCAGGAAUCGCUAGUCCUCGACCCUGGCUGUUGAAAUUUCCAGUGUUCGCUUUGCGUAUAAAAUAAUGUUAAUCUUAAAAAGAAUGAUUUAAAUUCCUAUCACUUUGAUGUAUCGAGAGGUGGCAUUUAAUACCUGUUUUGGUCAGUGAGCAGACAUACCAAACUGAAUUUUAAUUCCAAGAAACAUGUAAAUAUUAUCACUGACCCUAAUUAUGACGUUUAGGGAUUUGCCUGCUAUAAACCCAACCCCUGCCGCAUCGGAAAGAAUGGAAUUGUAAACCUAACAGCAUUUCAGUCAUUGAUCAUUCGAUAUAUUGUGUGUGCUACAUGUUUAACUUAGUAUUUUGUAAAAUCCCAAGUACUCUGAAUAAUACUGUACUUUUUUUUUAGCAACCAAAAUUCAGUAAAGACUGAAACAAAAUCAGUGAUUACUGAAAGAGGGGAACGUUUCACGUGAAAGCUUUGCUUAAAUCUUAAAACUUGCUAGCCAUAAACCGGAAAGAGCGAAUGCCUUGGGUACACAUCAUCGUUGAAGUGGAAAACAGUAACUGUAGCCAGCAGGAAAAUAAUCAGCGAUUACUGUGCGCAAAAUGGUUUGGCGAUUUCUCCUUGCCACUGUCUUACACUUUAUUUGCAGGUUCUCUUUCACGGGUUAAAAUUGUCUCGUUGAAAGUUUACGCCAUUUUGUUUCCAAUUCCUGUGUGCUCAUUGUUGUCAUUUUUAUUUAUUGGGAGGAAGAAAUCGAGUCACUUUUUUCAAACCAAACAUGACUUCAUCUUUUAUUUAGCUAGAAGUUGUUUUAUAAUAUUAAUCCUUUUUACGGCUCGGCUAAAGGUCAUAAAAGCAUAAAUCUAUCGAAAUGAGACUUGUCACUUAAAUUGUGUAUGUAAUUAAAUAAUUAAUGAUAGUAACACGCACGCAAGAAAAGUCCUAUCUUGUGUUUAGAUAUUUGUUAAACGCUGAAUGUUAGAGAUCAUACGUAAGAUUGUGUUCUGUUUGCUAUGAAAAACAUCUAUUUGCAAGUUAGUCUGGCAGUCUUCUUCGGCUGACUUGUGAUUAUGAGAACAAGCAAAAUUUUACAAGUGCUCCUAUAUUGAACAUACUUUUGAUGUUAUCAAAACAGCACUGUGAUUAACAGCCCUCGGGGUCAGACAUUAAUUGGUCAGCGAUCAUACAGAGAAAGAAACACAACACGUUUAAAGUGUGACUACAAUGCUUCAAUGCAUCCCUUAAAUGUGGAGAUGUGGUGCACUUUAGAUUUUUCUCGCUUUAACAAACUUGACAAAAUAUAUAUUCGUGCUGUUGGGAUUCGUGUGGCAUCUGGAGACAAUCACACACACGUCGGAAGAAUUAAGUUAAGAUUGUCACGUUAGCCCCGAGUGGAUUUCAGAGCAGAUUAAUUCUGCCUGUUUACAAGAUCUUUAGAUAAAAACGUCUCUGUUCAUUUUAAAUAUUAGAGGAAUUGAACCAAAUCGACACCUAAACUGUUGGUGGUGUAAGUUUCAUCUGAAACAGGAGCAGAGUCAGAUAAAGGUACCGUGGUGGAAAGUGGAGAAGUCAGGUUUAAUGGGAAAGGGAAAAAAAUCCGCAAACCCCGAA